AUACAUCUAAAAUAGAUAAAUAAAUAUCAAUCCGUAGGCCUUAAAAUGUAUCUCAGAAAAUAUCUUAUGGUUAUCUGUAAAUAUUGGACAUUAUCGAUAACAUUCGUAAAAGUGCAUCUUUAUGAUAAAAAGGAGUGAGUGUUUUUAUACAGUGACUUAAAUACAUAAUAACAGCAGUCUGGAUGAUUAUAAAAAUAAUGAAAAAUAUACAUACACUGUAUGUCUAUUAAAGUUUCUGGAGUGGACACAUUUCAUCUAUCGCCAAGGUGAUUGAUACUGGCAGUAUUAUCGACGACUACUUCAUAGAAAUGUCCAAGACGCACGGGCUGGUAUUUCGUUUAAAUUUGUGGAACCAGGUUUUGGUUGUUGUUUUGGAUCCAGAAUGCAUUAAGGACGUUCUGGUUACUGGAAACCAUCCGAAAUCCAAACGUUUGUACUCCCGAAUAACCAGCGUUUUUGGUACAAGAUUUUUAGGCCAGGGACUUGAAUCACAGAUUGACAAUAAACUCUGGAUAAUACAACGAAUGCACCUUGAUCAAUGGUUCAAACCACACUAUAUUCGACAGUUUGCUUCUGAGUUCAAUGAGUUUGGAGAUAGUUUCAUAGAGCAGCUAGAAACGCGAGCGGACGGUAAGACAGAAACACAUAUGUUACAUUCGUUCAACAAACUGACGAUGCAUCUGUUGUACAAGGUGGCAUUUAAUGUCGAUAUGGGGCCAUUGAGCGGAGAAAACCAUCCUUUUGUCACAAAAAUGAAGACGGCGCUAGGAGGAUUUACAGCGAUGUUACAAAAUCCUUUUAUAACUGUAAACCCGUUUAAAUGGGGAUUUCGUCGUUAUGUCCGAGAAGCUAUUAACUUUAUCAGGGAAAGCGCAAAACAACAGAUUAUCGAUAGGAAACUGGCGAAAAGUAGAGGCGACUAUAUUCCCCACGACCUCUUGGAAUAUCUUAUUGAAUUAAAGGAGAAGUACCCAUCGAUAAUAACAGACGAAAUAUUAUUGGACAAUUUCUUGACAUUCCUUUUGGCAGGUCAGGAAACGGCCGCCAACUCUAUGAGUUUCAUGUGUUUUCUGCUCGGACAGAAUCCAGAAUGUUACAAAAAGCUACAAAGGGAAGUUGAUGAAAAUGUUGGCGCCGUGUCAGUGAUCACCCUAAAUGAGCUUGAGCAUCUACCUUACCUAGAUAUGGUGAUGAAAGAGACGCUCCGGCUUUACCCAGUGGCGAAGACAACAUAUCGAGAGACAGAAAAGAACUACAAUCUCGGCGGUCACCAGCUUCCAGCGGGAACUGACAUGAUUGUUAGUUUCUAUGCUACGUCCAGGGCAGAACAAAAUUUCACAGAAGCUACAAAGUUUAUGCCGGAACGAUUUCGAAUUGACAGCACAGAAAGAUUUAGCCAAUAUGCCUUUACGCCGUUUUCAGCUGGCCCGCAUACAUGUAUUGGGAAAAAGUUUGCAGAGAUACAAAUAAAAAUCACAAUUGCCAAGAUUAUGCAGAAUUUUGACUUUGAGCUGGUUCCCGGACAAAGUGGUGAACUUGGGGACAACACAACCAUACAACUGAAGAGUGGGGCCAAGUGUCUCUUUCGGAAAAGGAAAAUAGAAUCGGACUAAUACGCAACAAUUUGAAACAACGUUAAAAACGAAAAUAUCGGAUGUGUAUGUGUAGAUUAAAUACGAGACACCUCUUGUAUUGUCACCUUUCGGAAGUUUUAUCAUUAGAUAGCAUAUGACAUCAUAUAGAAAACAACUUGAAACGAAGCUGAUUUAUCAAACACAUGACAUGCACUGAUGUAUGGUACAUGUAUUUAGUAGAUCAGAAUCAGAACUUCUUGUUUGGAACAGUCUUCGAAGUUAUCGAAUAGCUACCUGACAUUGAAUUAUGUUGUAAAGUAAAAAUAUGAAUUUAUUUUGUAUUACGGAAAUAACGGCUUUAUUAAGGUAGUAUUAUGAACACAAUGUGUACACCUGUUAACAAUCAUGUCUUAGUUUUAAGCUAUUUACUCCCAAUUAAUACGCUUUUCCUAUUUACUCAGACACGACACAACACGAAUAUCUUUUUUGAAAAUAGAAGAGAAAUUUGAUGAGUAGAUUUUGAAAAUGGCAAAAAGGCAUGGAGUUUCAAAUUUUAAUGAAAUAUCCGUAGUUGCUUUUGUAUAUAUCAAUACUGUAUACGAUUAUUUUAUGACACAUAAAUAAAGCAUAUUGUAUAAGCAUGCGUUUCUUAAUUUAAUUGUUUGUUCGUAAAAUGAAUGGUUUUAGUUUCAUGACAGGGGUACCAUGCGAGGCAGAACUGGAUCAGCAUUUGCAUCUAGAAAAUGCUUUAUUUUGAUAAAAAAAACGAUUCUGGAUUACUUAUUUCACCACAAAGGACAUAUUACUUUUGCUUAGUAAAAUGUGGGUUUAAAAUACGUUAUAUAGAAUGUAAAUCUCUUACUCUUGAUUACAAAUGUUUAACCAUCAAAAUUUGCCUACCUUUAUUAUAGUAUUUUUGAGCUUUCCUAACAAACGUAUAUACUACGUAUAUUAAUCAUACGAUCCAGCUGGCUUUUGAUAUUGUUCAAUCGAUCGCCGGUAUAAACUAAAUACCAACAUAUAACAUUUGCCAUUUAGGCCCUUAAUGUUGAUAUAUUCCCCGUUCCAGGGUAAACCUUUCUCUCCUGUUUUAAUACUGUUUGCAGAAAGCGUUUUAUAUGUGGGUGCUAAUGUUAUCGGUUCUUGCGUUCCCAUGCAUUUGCCAUAAAAUGGAUGAGAUAACUGCUAUUGAUUGCAGACGAUGUUUCUAUAUCAGUGAAGACAAGUGUGCCCUUGCAAUAUUUUUAUUACUAGGAAUAACUGUCAAGUAUAAUAUAACAGGCAUUUCUUAACUCCAAAAUAUUGUAUUAUGUCAUUGACCAAUUGAAUAUCCAGCUUUAAAUUACUGUUUUCCUUACUGUGUUAAAUAUGAUGACAUGCACUAUUUCAAUCAUGUACAUUAUGCAUGUUUUUGCUGACAAAGCCUGCUAUACUAUCAUGUUUUAAGUUACCUUGCCUUUUAAAAUGAGGACAAUGAUGCCACAGAUGUCUCGUCAAUUAAAACUCCUGUUUUUUAACUUUUGAAAAAACAAGUAACUCGAGUGGAAGAAAUACAUUAUACAACAACUCGUCUAACUUCUUUGUGAUCUCAUCCUCGUGUCAGGUACAAAACCUUUUUUAGGCAUGCUGAUAUGCCUAGUGGUUCAAAUAGUGACUAAACCCGCUUUGACCUAGAUUUGUAUGGCAUGUUUUGGUGAUUUUAACAUUCCUCUCACACAGCAUAUACAUGUGAUAUAUGCAUGGACUACUACGAAUCUCAAGGUGCCCUUACCGGGUAUUGAGGGCGUGUCAAGUAAGGUCAUUUAAACGCGACACUGUUUAUUUUUAACGAAUAUUAUAUAUCAUUUAAGGUAUCAAAUUUGUUUCAACGUCACGAAAACAUGUAUUUUAAAAGUUCCGGCCGAUUGUUUGUAGGCCGUCUGCAUGUCUGCAAAAAUGUCACAGCAUAACACUGGAGUAAGCCAGUCCUACCAACACAAUACAAAAGAUACGAUUUCUGGUAGUGUCGGUUUCUCUAGAGUACCUAGGAGCAUUCGUUAUGGCUCUCCUGUGUGUUAUUUGAACAGUGGCCUGGUAUUUAUAUCAACAGCACAUGAUGUAUGACCAUCUACCUGGGGAUCAGCCCC